GGGGCGGGGCGAGCGUCGGGGAAGAUGGCGGCGGUGCGGGCGGUGCGCGGGCUGGUGAACGGCGCCGGGCCCGGCGGGCCGCGGGAGCAGGUGGCGGCCCUCACCCGCGACUACCUCUCCCAGCCGCGCCUCACUUAUAAAACUGUAUCAGGUGUGAACGGCCCCCUGGUUAUUCUGGAUCAAGUUAAGUUUCCUAGGUAUGCAGAGAUUGUCCACUUGACUCUUCCCGAUGGCACAAGAAGAAGCGGGCAGGUUCUGGAAGUUAGUGGCUCCAAAGCUGUGGUUCAGGUGUUUGAAGGAACUUCAGGUAUUGAUGCUAAGAAAACAUCUUGUGAGUUUACCGGGGAUAUUCUUCGAACCCCUGUGUCUGAGGAUAUGCUUGGCAGAGUGUUUAAUGGAUCAGGCAAACCUAUAGACAGAGGCCCCAUUGUUUUAGCUGAAGAUUUCCUUGACAUAAUGGGUCAGCCAAUCAAUCCCCAGUGUCGUAUCUAUCCAGAAGAAAUGAUUCAGACUGGCAUUUCUGCUAUAGAUGGCAUGAACAGUAUUGCCAGGGGGCAGAAAAUCCCCAUAUUCUCAGCUGCUGGCUUACCCCAUAAUGAGAUUGCAGCUCAGAUAUGUCGCCAAGCUGGCUUGGUGAAGAAAUCCAAAGAUGUGAUGGACUACAGUGAAGAAAACUUUGCCAUUGUGUUUGCUGCUAUGGGUGUGAACAUGGAAACUGCUCGGUUCUUCAAAUCGGACUUUGAGGAAAACGGGUCCAUGGAUAAUGUGUGUCUGUUCCUGAACCUGGCCAAUGAUCCAACCAUUGAACGUAUUAUCACACCUCGUCUGGCUCUAACAACAGCAGAGUUCUUGGCAUAUCAGUGUGAGAAGCAUGUGUUGGUCAUUCUGACUGAUAUGAGCUCCUAUGCUGAAGCUCUGCGAGAGGUUUCAGCAGCUAGAGAGGAAGUGCCUGGCCGUCGUGGUUUCCCAGGUUACAUGUACACUGACUUGGCUACUAUAUAUGAGCGCGCUGGGCGUGUGGAAGGCAGAAAUGGUUCCAUUACUCAGAUUCCUAUUCUUACCAUGCCCAAUGAUGACAUUACUCAUCCUAUCCCUGACUUGACUGGAUACAUCACUGAGGGACAAAUCUAUGUGGAUAGGCAGCUGCAUAACAGACAGGUUUACCCGCCUAUUAAUGUCUUGCCCUCCUUGUCUCGACUGAUGAAGUCAGCGAUUGGGGAGGGUAUGACCAGGAAGGAUCAUGCAGAUGUGUCCAACCAGCUGUAUGCCUGCUAUGCUAUCGGAAAGGACGUACAGGCUAUGAAGGCUGUAGUUGGUGAGGAAGCUCUUACCUCAGAUGAUCUUCUUUAUCUGGAGUUUCUGCAGAAGUUUGAGAAGAACUUCAUUGCUCAGGGUCCUUAUGAAAAUCGUACUGUUUAUGAGACCUUGGACAUUGGCUGGCAGCUUUUGCGAAUCUUCCCCAAGGAGAUGCUGAAGAGAAUUCCUCAGACAACGCUGGCUGAGUUCUAUCCUCGAGAUUCGACUGCAAAACACUAGCCACAGCUUCAUCUCUAACUCCUUGCUCUGUGAAAUGCUGUUUGUUUUCUUUUUUUCAUGUGUUGGUGUUUACUUGUCGCCCUUACAAUUAAGACCAAGAAUAGGUGACACUUGUGCCAGUGUUCCAAUGUAAAAACUGGUAGCAGUGUAAAAUAUCCCUUCUUCCAAAGCCUGGAUCUUCAGGGAGAUGUUUAGGCCAGCUCUUAUAAAUGUGCAAUAGCUAUCACAAAGCUUAUUCUUGGUGGUUUUUUUUCUUUGAACUGGACCUAUGGUAGACAUUUCGAGAGAAUGUCUGAGGCUUACCAGAAAUUGCAAAUCUUUACUUUCAAGCCAGGAGCACGUGGGUUAGAAAACAUCAAAGAGCAAAUGUGACUUCCUUUGUCCAAAGCAUCUGCUUGAUCUGGUUGUACGCAGUUGCUGCACUGCUGGCGGAACAGAUGGCACUCUGCUGUCCUGCUGUUGUGCCUGAAGACCAGGCUAAUAUGUGGAAAGCGUGGCGUAUGACAAUGUACCACUCUGAAAAAUGCAAGUCACUGGUUUUUAACUGUGGCUUAAGAUUGUUAAAGGUAUGCAUGAAGUGAAAAGCACCUAGCAUGCCUAUUGGUGCUCUCCGCUAGCAAAGGGUCUCUUUGGAGGCUGCAGGCCAGAGCAUUGCUACCUGAAGGUAGUAUGAUAAGGCUUAGUUGCUAAUGCAGAGGUUUUAAAUUGAAGUUUGCCGAAUAAGCUUCCUAAUUACCUUUUUCUUUUUUUUUUUUCCCCUUUUGAAUUCUGGAAAUGGCAGAGAGACAAAACAAUAGCUAAAGCAUUCCGAGAUUAGUAGUUUCCCAGUGGGCAAAACUAUUGGUAGUUCAAGGCUUUGUGCUGCUACUGAAGGAGAUUGAGAUGUAAAAAAAAAAAAAAACCAAAACCCAAAACAAAACAAAAAC